GAAAUAAUAAGAGUAUUGGAGGAAAAGCAUUAAGAAUUGGAAAGACAGAGAGCGAGUUUGGUGAAAGAAGAGAUGGUGAUGAUGAGGAGUGUGGUGACGCCGUGGCAGACCUGCCCGCUAUUCUCCUUGUUACCCUUAAAUGCCCGUAAUACCCCUCUCAUCCUACGCUCAGCUGCCCACUCUGGUCGUUUAUCCAUGGCUGCUUCCUCUCAGUCAACGGCUUUUCAGAAUCAGAAUCAGAAUGUUCCCGCCGGCGCCGGAGCUGAUGACAAUAUGUUUCAGUUGAUUCAGUCUCAUCAGGAGAAGGCUUCUCGUCUUCCCCCGAUUCGGGAAAUCCGAACUCUGCUCGAUCGUAGUGUUCGUGGAGUACUCUCUACUUUUUCACAGAAGCAUGAGGGUUAUCCAUCAGGAUCCAUGGUCGACUUUGCAUGUGAUGCAGAUGGAUCUCCCAUUUUAGCUGUUAGCAGUUUGGCACUUCAUACCAAGGAUUUAACUCAAAAUCCCAAGUGCUCAUUGCUCGUGGCCAGAGAUCCUGAGGACAGGACUGAUUUGUUGGUCACUCUGCAUGGUGAUGCAAUUCCUGUUUCUGAGAAGGAUCAAGCAGCCAUUCGGACUGCAUAUUUGGCCAGGCAUCCCGAUGCAUUUUGGGUUGACUUUGGUGACUUCCAAUUCAUGCGUAUUGAACCAAAAGUUGUGCGAUAUGUGUCAGGGGUUGCAACAGCUUUAUUAGGAUCAGGAGAGUUCAACAACGAGGAGUAUAAAGCUGCAAAAGUUGAUCCAAUUGCUCAAUUUUCAAAGCCUGUUGCAUCUCACAUGAAUAAGGAUCAUGCUGAAGAUACAAAAGCCAUUGUGCAGCAUUCAACUUCAAUUCCGGUAGACUUUGCUUACAUUUUGGACUUGGAUGCCCUUGGUUUUAAUGUCAAGGCUGCUUAUCAGGGUAAUACUUUCAAGCUUCGAAUACCGUUUCCCAGACGUGCAGUGGAUCGAAAGGAUGUGAAGACUCUAAUUGUGGAAAUGCUUCAUGCGGCAAAGCCUCAAGUGAGUUAAUCUCACAGUAACCAAGGAGGUUGACUCUGCAUUUCACGAGAGCCUUUCUCUAGAUAUGGACAAAUCUGGACUUGGAAAAUGUGAAUUGAGAUGAUGUGGUGAAAAAAAUUGCUUGUUUCUGUUAUAUGCUGAGAAAGAAAGUCUCCAUUUUAGUCAGACCUCACUGUAUUACACUUACAAGGCUACCAAAAUCAUAAAUUGAUAUACAUAGAAUCAGAGAUUAUCAUUGUAAAUCUUGCCCUUCUUCCCUGUUGUCUUUGAGAUGUUUAAUAAAGAAUAUAUUCUUAUAGAACUCGAUAGGAUUUGAAAUAUAUGAGAGCAGUUGAUAAUUCAUAUA